CACCAAUUACUUGUAUGCAAUAUGUAAAUAACCCCGAAAUGUAGUAAAAUAUCCCAACACUACUAAAAGAGCCAGGUUCUGAGCUGGCUGAUGAGCAAUUGUGAGAGCUGCAGAAUCUUCCACAGAGGAAAGGACAAGUUGCAAUAAUGAAUGAUCCUUUGGAAAAUGGUUUGUUUGGUAUCCGUGACAAUGAUGAGUUAGAAGAUGAAAUCUUUCCACCGCUUCCUCCUCCAUCAUCACCUGGCCAACUGGGAUAUGGUGAAGCUUUAGCUGAUGGUGAAGAGGAAGCAGGAACUCAAUCCAAGGAGCCUGUGGUACUCAGAAAACAUGUAAAAAAACCACAGCCAAAACUGGAUGCCCAGCGGUUGACUUCAGAUCGAGGAUUGCCUGCUUUACGAAAUUUGUUUGAUAGUGUUCAAUUUAAAGGCAAAGGACAUGAGAGUGAAGAUGUGAAGACUCUCCUGUGGCACAUGGAGCAUUGGGCUCACAGGCUGUACCCCAAACUACAAUUUGAACAAUUCAUUGGGAAAGUGGAAACCUUGGGAAAUAAAAAGGAAGUUCAGACCUGUUUGAAGAAAAUUCGACUUGAUAUACCUAUAACUAAUGAAGACUUUACAUCGAAUGAAGUUCUGGAGAGUGAGGACAGGGUCCAAACGGAUGAUUUUGAAACUCCAUUCGAUGCAAUGCCCAGCCAGCCAGUUUCAAAAUCAACUCCAGGCUCCAAUGCACUCUCUGAGGAACAACAGCUUCAGAUCGAGAGGAACAAACAGCUUGCACUUGAGAGACGACAAGCAAGACUUCAGCUGACAAAUCAAACCCCCUCCAAUGAUCAAGGAGAUUCCCAGUGCCCGAGUCAGUCCAUGGAGCCAAAUAAAAAGAUGGUACUUGAUCCUGAUAUGUUUGAAGAUGAAAAUGUAAAAAGUAAAGCUUCGGAAGAGGUAACCAAAACUGCACUCUCUGAGCCACUUGGUGAAUUUCAAAUUCCAACAGAGAUCAGUCCUGCUGUGAAAAUUCAAAAAGACUUAACAGUUAUAGACAAAGCAAUUGACUCCUUUGAAUCAACAGACAAUUCUGAAACUACAGAAAGCCACUGAAGUGCAGAAAAUGAACAUUGAUAGGGACGCUUCUUCAUCAGCAGCUGGAAACCUCCACAGAUGACAAUUAAACAUGACAGAGUUUUGUUUUUUGAAGUAUGACAUUGCAAUUAGGUGAGAAGUGAAGAAUUUAAUGCAAUGUCUGUUUUAUUUGUGCAGUAUUUCACAGAGAUUCUGAACUGCUACAGUUGUAAAAAUACUAAAUCACUAUAUUGCAAAUAGAAUUUGGGAAUCUAAUCAUGGCUGUGUUCUCACCACAGUUUUACUACUGGUGCCCAGAAAUGUCACUGAAGCUAAUGUCUCAAACCAUGAUUUGUUUCCUGGGAGUGUGAAAUACGGUAUUGAGCUCCCAAAAAGAUUUUCUUCCUAAUAUGAAACCUAGUUUUUUAAGCUUACUGUAAGAUAAACCUGCUUUAUUGGAAAGUUCUAGCGAACAUGAUGGGAUUGUAUGCUGCAUACGAGUACAAAAAAAUUCAAACCAGCUGUAAGCACAAAACAAAACAGACUACUUAUUAUAUUCGUUUAUUUUCUAAACCAUGUAUGGUGACUGCAAAUGAAUGGUAAAACCUUGUGCCAAAUGCAUUAAAUAAAACUUAGAAUAUAUACAUCUUGUUCAAAACACCA